ACCUAUAUACCAAAAGCAAAUAAAUAUAUAAGUUGAGUUAUGAUAGGGUCUUUAAACCUUCUGCUGGCGCCGGUUUCUUCUUCCCCAUUUCUCUCCUUAAAUCGACUCUCUUGUUUUCACUCCUCUUCUGCACUCUCUGCCUCUGAAAGAAAAUUAUAAGCAUGAAUUGAUUCAUUGGUUGUUCGGGCGGGUCUUCUGUUCUAUACAUUAUUGUAUCAUUCGGAGUAAUUUAUGUGGUAAUUGCAAAACUAGAUAGACCUAUUGAGGGCAACGUCUAGAAGGCUUGCGUUGGCAACAAAGGCUAGUACAAUAACAAGCAUGGCUAAGGAAGAAGAAAAUGCGGGCAAUGUAAAGCGGCAAUUAGCAAAACUCUUUGAUGAAUCACUUAAAGCAACAGUACCUAACGAGCCGGAUGUAGAGCCAUUAGUUGCUGCCUGCACUGCAAAAUUUGGUGAUUACCAAUGUAAUAAUGCCAUGGGUUUAUGGUCCAAAAUUAAAGGAAAGGGUACUGAAUUUAGGGGUCCCCCAGCUGUUGGACAGGCCAUCAUGAAAAAUCUUCCUCCAUCUGAAAUGAUAGAGUCGUGCUCUGUAGCAGGACCUGGAUUUGUGAAUGUUGUGUUAGCAAAGAAUUGGAUAGCUAAGACCAUUCAGAGGAUGCUAAUUGAUGGUAUUGAAACAUGGGCACCUAGGCUUUGUGUGAAAAAGGCCGUGGUUGACUUUUCCUCACCCAAUAUUGCAAAAGAAAUGCAUGUUGGCCACUUGAGAUCUACUAUUAUUGGUGACUCACUAGCCCGAAUGCUUGAAUUUUCCAAUGUUGAAGUUCUUAGGCGGAAUCAUGUUGGUGACUGGGGUACACAGUUUGGUAUGCUGAUUGAACAUCUCUUUGAGAAGUUCCCCAAUUUUGAAGAUGUUAAUGAAACAGCCAUCGGAGAUUUACAGGCAUUCUACAAGGCAUCCAAACAGCGAUUUGACUCUGAUCCAGCUUUUAAGGAUAUAGCUCAAAAGGCUGUAGUUCGGCUUCAGGGCGGGGAACCCAAGUAUCACCAGGCUUGGGCACAGAUUUGUGAGAUCAGUCGAAGAGAGUUUGAUAAGGUCUAUCAAAGGCUUAGAGUUCAGCUAGAGGAGAAGGGGGAAAGCUUUUAUAAUCCAUAUAUUCCUGGGGUGAUUGAGGCAUUGACAAAGCUAGGAUUGGUUGAAGAAAGUCAGGGUGCUCGUGUGAUCUUUAUUGAAGGGGUUAACAUACCUCUCAUUGUUGUGAAGAGUGAUGGUGGUUUCAAUUAUGCUUCAACGGAUCUAACUGCUCUCUGGUAUCGCCUUAAUGAAGAGAAGGCUGAAUGGAUUAUUUAUGUUACUGAUGUUGGUCAGCAGCAACAUUUUGAUAUGGUGUUCAGUGCUGCCAAACGUGCUGGUUGGCUUCCAUCUGAUGGUAGUACAUACCCUAAAGCUAGCCAUGUUGGUUUUGGCCUUGUUCUUGGAGAAGAUGGCAAGCGUUUUCGGACUCGCAGCAGUGAAGUAGUUCGGUUAGUUGAUUUACUCGAUGAAGCCAAGAGCCGCAGUAAAAUGGCACUAAUUGAGCGUGGUAAGGCUGAAGAAUGGACUGAGGAGGAGCUGGAGCAAACUGCUGAGGCAGUGGGUUAUGGUGCUGUUAAGUAUGCUGACCUGAAGAACAACAGAUUGACCAAUUACACAUUUAAUUUUGAUCAGAUGCUUAAUGAUAAGGGAAAUACUGCUGUUUAUUUGUUGUAUGCUCAUGCACGGAUCUGUUCGAUCAUCAGAAAAUCUGGCAAAGAUAUAGAAGAGUUGAAAAAGACCGGAUCAUUAGUGUUGGAUCAUGCAGAUGAACGUGCGUUGGGACUUCAUUUACUACAAUUUUCUGAGGUUGUUGAGGAGGCCUGUUCUAAUCUGCUGCCUAAUGUUUUGUGUGAAUACCUUUACAAUUUAUCCGAAUACUUCACAAAAUUUUAUUCGAAUUGUCAGGUUGUUGGGUCAGCCGAGGAAACAAGCAGACUUUUACUAUGCGAAGCAACAGCAACAGUUAUGAGGAAAUGCUUUUAUCUUCUUGGGAUUGUACCCGUUUACAAGAUAUGA